UUUACUCCAGGCCUUCGGAGCGUCCUUUAGCUACCCAAGGCCCUUCCCAUUUCUCCCUGAUGAGCCCGGCGGCCGUCGCAAGCCUCCCCCCACUGCUCGCUGCCUGCGUCGGGGAUGCGCCUUGGAACCAGAUGAUGAUGAUGAGCUUGAGCCCGGCGUCAAGAAUGCUCCAUUGUACAGCCGGCUGGUCACGUGACCCUCCGUUAUCCAAGCCGGGCUUCGGGGAAAAGCCAACACCUCUCUUCUCCCCUCCUUACUCUACCCCUCCCGUCAGCUCCGCCCAAGCCAGAACCCGUUCAUGAUGAGGAGGGGGCAGCGGCCAGCCAGGGGAGCGCGCAUGCGUUUGUGCGCCGGGCUGCUUUCCUGUUCUUUUCCCAGUGGUGCGGCGGCGGCAGGAGGGGGGAAGGAGGAGGAGGAGGAGGAAGGAAAGGUACGGUGGUGGCAGCAGCGGCGCGGAAGAAGUGAAGCUAAAAAAGGGCUAAUUAGAGGCUAAACUAGAGAAGCCAAGGCGGACCGUGGAGCACCAGAAGGAAUAACAAGCGCCGCACCCAGCUCUGUUGAUUUCCUCGCCGCCUUGACGCGCCAGCUUGUUAGGACAGCCAGUCUGGAGCGUCCGGACAUCUUCCACUCUUCGUCGCCGCCGCCUCCUAGCUACUGCAGGAAAAUAAAUCCCAGCCACCUCCCUCCAGAUUCUGGCUUCUUUCCCCGCCCCUUCUGCAUUUUGGGGAGGGCGAAGCAGAAAUCUCGCUGGAAAGGUUCUCCUUUAAAAAAAAAAAGGGCAUCCGAGGAAUCUCCAAGCUUGUCAUCGAUUGCAUUUGUAAUUUAUUAAUAAUCGGGGGAAAGGAUUCAGACAAAGCGCUUGAGGGGAAAGGAGAAGAAGAGGACACCUUAUUUCACAUUCCUGUGCAGAGGGGAAAAGCGGAGGAGGGGAUUUCUCCCCAUAAACAGCCGAGUUCACUGCACCGCCUCCAUCCUCCGCUGCUGAAAGGACUUUUUUUCUGAAAAGAAAAAAAUCUAUAUACUGUUAGAUAUACUGUUUGACAUAUAUAUAUAUUUCCUUCUAGAAGGAGAAUCAUGUAAAUCGGUUUUUUAAAAAAAAAAUUAAAAAGGCUCUGUGGGCCGGGGGGGGAGGGAAGGAAAAUGGGGGAUGCUGCAGACGUCAAGGAAAUGAGAAAGACGUUCAUUGUCCCUGCCAUCAAACCUUUUGAUCAUUACGACUUCAACAGAGCGAAAAUCGCCUGUAAUCUAGCGUGGCUGGUGGCCAAAGCCUUUGGGACAGAAAAUGUACCAGAGGAGCUUCGAGAACCAUUUUAUACGGAUCAGUAUGACCAGGAACAUAUUAAACCUCCUGUUGUUAAUUUGCUGCUAUCUGCUGAAUUCUACUGUCGUGCUGGGAGUCUUAUUCUGAAGAGUGAUGCUGCCAAACCGCUCCUGGGCCAUGAUGCUGUUAUCCAAGCGUUGGCACAAAAAGGCCUUUAUGUCACUGACCAAGAGAAACUAGUAACAGAGAGAGACUUGCACAAGAAACCCAUUCAGAUGAUUUGUACGAAACCAGUGUUUGCUGAAAUGUCAGAAGUCAGAAAGAGUGCUCAUUUGGCUAUGAUUGAUACCCUUAUGAUGGCCUAUACCGUAGAGAUGAUCAGUGUUGAAAAGGUCAUUGCAUGUGUACAGCAGUAUUCUUCCUUUUUCCAAGCUACGGAUCUGCCCUAUGACAUAGAAGAUGCUGUCAUGUUCUGGAUAAAUAAGGUAAAUGAGCACUUAAAAGACAUCAUGGAGCAGGAGCAAAAACUAAAAGAACAAAAUAGCGUGGAAACUCCAGGAGGUCAAAAGGCUCGUUACAGGAAGGAACAAACUCUGCUUAGACAGCUGCCCUGUAUACCAUUGGUGGAAAAUCUGCUGAAGGAUGGUACAGAUGGCUGUGCUUUAGCUGCCCUAAUCCAUUUUUACUGUCCAGAUAUAGUCAGACUGGAGGAUAUCUGUUUGAAAGAAACCAUGUCUCUGGCUGACAGCUUGUAUAAUCUGCAACUGAUACAGGAAUUUUGCCAGGAGUACUUGAACCGGUGUUGCCAUUUUACACUUGAGGAUAUGCUCUAUGCUGCUGCUUCAAUAAAGAGUAAUUAUUUGGUGUUCAUGGCAGAGCUCUUCUGGUGGUUUGAAGUUGUGAAGCCAUCAUUUGUCCAGCCUCGAGUUGUAGUUCAUCCUCAAGCUGAACUUUCAAAAGAAGUGUCCUCUGUUCCUGCUGCAAAUGCCAAUAGAAGAAACUACCCAGAUAUGUCACAUGAUUCUGACCUGAUAGCCAGUGUGGAGGGUCCAGCUUUUCCACCAUCUCAUCAGAUUCCACCUGCUAGCCAUGCUCACCAACACCCUUAUACAUCUGCUCCAGGCAGCAUUAGGCGAUCUACAUCUAUGUCUUAUAUGGAUGGAUAUGUGGGAACGUGGCCCAAAGAAAAAAGAUCUUCAGCACAUGGCGUUUCAUUUGACAUUUCCUUUGAUAAAGAGGAUAGUAUCCAGGUGACAACUCCAAACAAAGGAAUCACUAGAUCUCUCAGUAAUGAAGGGCUUGCACAAAAUACUAACCGUAUGCCCAGACUUGUCAGAAAGAACCUGUCUUUCAAGCCUGUGAAUGAUGAGGAAGAAACUGAAGAUAUUGAAGAAGAAAAGGAUGUAGAAUUUUGCAGUGAUUUAGAGGCCAACAGUAAUCAAAGGAAUACAAACCAAAUUAGCCCAUCCAGCCUGCCAAAUGGUGCACUGCAAAACAGAUCGGUUACUGAUGAAUUUGGUAAUCGGAUUGAGACACCAAGCAUUGAGCAGGCUUUGCAGAUUAUUCAUGAUAGUGAGAAAUCUCCCAGCCUUACUCAGCCAGAACAAAUUACAAAUGGGUUCUUCCUUCACAACAAGGAGAUGAGCAUCCUAAAUUCAAAGAUAAAACCUGAUCAGAGUAAUCCCGAUAUUACUGCGGAUACAAAAGGUGCCCUCAGUCCCAUAACGGACAGUACAGAAGCAGAUACUGGAAUACAUGUCCCUUCAGACAUUCCAGAGACUAUGGACGAGGAUUCAACCUUGAGGGAUUAUACUGUAAGCCUGGACUCUGAUAUGGAAGAACCAUCUCGAUUUCUGCAUGAAUAUGAUAGUAGAAGCGUCAACCACAAGGAGCAAUUGAGUCCUUGUCCAAGUUCAAUAAGUGCCAAAUCGCAAGCGGGCAGUAGUGCAUCUUCAAGUUCAGGAGUUAAAAUGACCAGCUUUGCAGAGCAGAAAUUUAAGAAGUUGAAUCAUACAGACAGCAGAAGUAGUGGAAGCAGUUCUCAGAAAACUACCCCAGAAGGUUCUGAACUGAACAUUCCUCACAUUGUGUCUUGGGCUCAAAUACCAGAGGAGUCCCCUCUCCCUCCGGCAAGAGAUACCACACAGUUGCUGGCCUCUGAAAUGGUGCAACUGAAAAUGAAGCUGGAAGAGAAGAGGCGAGCAAUUGAGGCCCAGAAGAAGAAGGUUGAGGCUGCUUUCACUAAGCAGAGGCAAAAAAUGGGAAGAACAGCAUUCCUUAAUGUUGUGAAAAAGAAAAGUGAUGGAAUUUCACCACUUAGAGAAGAGGCAGCUGGAGCAGAGGAUGAAAAAGUAUUCAGUGACACCAAUAGGCUGAAAGAAAAAGAUGCUCAAAAGCCAGGCGAGCAACUAAACAAGUCUGGAGAGGUGAUUAAAGCAAGCACUGAAAAUCCUCAGGCUAAAUGGCUGAAGUCACCAAACACCCCAGUUGAUACUGAAAAGCAGUGCAACUUGAUAAGCCCCUCAGAAGAGAACUUAAAUGAAGGUGACCUUCUGGAAUAUACAAAAUCUAUUGAGAAGCUCAAUUCUUCUCUUCAUUUUCUGCAGCAAGAAAUGCAACGCCUGUCACUUCAGCAAGAGAUGCUAAUGCAGAUGAGGGAGCAACAGGCUUGGGUUAUUUCACCCUCUCAGCCUUCUCCUCAAAAGCAGAGUCGGGAGCUUAAGGCCUCAUUGAAGUUUACAGGGUCAUCCACUCCUGUUGCCCCAUUUUCAGUGGAAUCUCCCCGACCUUCUCACCAGUCCCCACAGUCAUCUUCUAGGAAGAAUUCCACUCUACCCAGUAAAACACAAAGGACUCCUAGGCCAAAUGAACUGAAAAUAACACCUUUGAAUCGCACUUUGACUGCACCACGAUCUGUGGAUAGUCUUCCUCGUUUGAGAAGAUUUUCUCCAAGUCAGGUAUCCAUUCAGACUAGAUCAUUUGUUUGUUUUGGAGAUGAUGGCGAACAUAACCUUUUGAAAGACAUAAAAAAUACAGUGGAAGAGGCUGACAAAGAAGCAGUGGAUGAAAAAGAAGCAGAACUGACAGAAAAGCUAGUUGAGCAAAAACAACCCAUCAGACCUCUGGAAUCUACAGUGUCUGAAGUACUGUCACAGACUAUUACAGAAACUGUUAGCCUUACUCCAAAUGAAGAGCUGCUGAACCCACAAGUAUUGCCAGCACCCGCGCCUAAAACCAUUAACCUCAUAGAAGUUUCCCUCACAGAUUUGAAGCCGCCAGAAAAGUCAGAAGAGUCAAUUGAGAAAUCAGAGGGUGAGAGUGAUAAAGAACAGCUGGAAGAUGACCAAAAAAUGUGUUGUGGAUUCUUUUUCAAGGAUGAUCAAAAGGCUGAAAAUGAAAUGGCUGUGAAACGGGCAGCAUUAUUGGAGAAGCGAUUGAGAAGGGAAAGAGAGACUUUACUUCGAAAGCAGCAACUUGAAGCAGAGUUGGAAUAUAAGAAAGAAGAAACAAAGAGGAAGUCUGAGGAAGAACGUCAGAAGAAGGAAGAUGAAAGAGCACGGCGAGAGUUCAUUAAGCAAGAAUAUAUGAGGCGGAAGCAGCUGAAACUCAUGGAGGACAUGGACAUUGUCAUAAAACCCCGCCCCCACACAUCCAAGCAAAAGAAGCCACGCCCAAAAUCCAUUCAUAGAGAUCAUAUCGAGUCGCCUAAAACUCCAGUCAAAGGUCCUCCAGUAUCUAGCCUUUCAUUGGCAUCAUUAAACACAGGAGACAAUGACAGUGUGCAAUCAGGCAAGAGAACAGCAAGGUCUGAAUCGGUGGAAGGAUUCAUAUCACCAAGUCGUUGUGGAAGUCGUAAUGGGGAAAAGGAUUGGGAAAAUGCAUCAACAACCUCUUCAGUGGCUUCUGCUACGGAAUAUACAGGACCAAAGUUGUACAAAGAACCCAGUGCAAAAUCCAACAAGCAUAUUAUCCAGAAUGCUCUAGCUCAUUGUUGCUUGGCUGGAAAAGUAAAUGAAGGUCAGAAGAAUAAAAUAUUGGAGGAAAUGGAGAAAUCAGAUGCCAACAAUUUCCUUAUCCUUUUCCGGGACUCAGGCUGCCAGUUCCGAUCUUUGUAUACAUACUGCCCUGAAACAGAAGAAAUCAGUAAGUUGACUGGGAUAGGCCCCAAAUCCAUCAACAAGAAAAUGAUUGAGGGGCUGUAUAAGUACAACUCUGACAGGAAGCAAUUCAGCCACAUACCUGCUAAAACGCUAUCUGCCAGUGUUGACGCUAUUACCAUUCACAGCCAUUUGUGGCAGAGUAAGAGACCAGUAACACCGAAAAAACUCUUACCUACAAAGGCAUAGUAACUUGGAGGAGGGUAGGAUACCUUGCCACAGUUGUGGCAAACUUGCACUUCAUAUUUGCUGCCUAUCAGAAAAUAGGUUCUUGUUUGCCAACAAGACUUCUUUGUACUUGGACCGGAAGGAAAAAGCUCUGUCAUCAUGCACAACUGGAAUGUAAACACAGUAUUGAAGACUUAGAAAACUGACACUUAAGCGAUUAUGCAUUCACGUGCUCUUGAAAGAUUGAGUCAGAGUGGAGAUGGGUAUGUGCCCACACAGUUUAUAGGGUUCAUUUUUUCAAUUUUAAAACACUGAAUUAUUGAAUGUUUGCAAAUCUGUAGUGACUGAUAUUAAAUUUUUUUACAUUCAUUGCCUUAUAUUUUGGUGUGUUACACUUGUUUUGAAACUUGCUUUUGCUCUUUAUAUCUUUACUAGAGCCAUGUGCUGUCUUGAUUUGCCACACCAUUAAAAUUUAGGUAUCCUGCAGAUAACAGAGGGCCCAUACCUCUUUGCAAUGAAAUCAAGUUAUCUGUUCAUUUUCUGCUUGCAUUCAUUUCAAAGGGUUUUGCACAGGAAAUGUCCUGGGAUAGAAUACCCAGGAUUAAAUGUUGCUAGCAUGUCUUAACUUCUGGCAAGGAAAUGUGCUGUCUGUCACUUCUUGUUCUGCAAGAAAACCUAUUUUAUAAAGGUAAUGUCAUUAUAUUUAGAACCACCACCACCCUUCAUGGUCCUGAUCCAUGGAAGCGUGAAGAGAUAUUUGUAUGCACUAUUGCUUUUUGCAUUUUUCUUCUGAACAGGAGUUCACCUACAUAGAGUUCAGUCCAAACCGCUGUUUAGCAUCCUGAAAUUCAGCAAGGGAUGAUCCUUUGUUGUGGCAUGGCGGAGGACACAAGUAAAACAUCAUCACUAAACAUAUAACAGCAUCACAAAAUACUAAAGAUUUGGGGAAAGGCUAUAGCUCAGUGGUAGAGCAUCUGCCUUGCAUGCAGAAGGUCCCAGGUUCAUUGCCCAGCAUCUCCAGGUAGGGCUGGGGAUGUACCCAGUCUGGAGUGCUGCUGCCAGUCAGUGUGGACAAUACCGAGCUAGAUGGACCAAUGUGUCUGACUCAAUAUGAGGAAACUUCCUAUGUUCCUGUAUGCAAACAUGUAUGAUUGCUUCCUGGGAUCAUGGUCUAUGUGUUGCUUCCAUUUCAAAAUCCUGAACAAAACAGUAUUAAUUGUGUUUAAAGUAGACAUUUUGUAUGAGUCCUUCUGAGAAACUUAGAGAAAUUUCUCUAAGUAAGUUUGCUCUGUAACAGGUUUUGUGAUGUGUCACCUGGAUGCCAUCCAGUAUAUGGACCAAAGUAAUUUUUCUUCCAAGACACAAGAUACAGACUUAAUUUUGUUUAACAUAAAUUCUGGCAUGGAUUAGGGUACAUGACAAUCUUGAACGUAUUGAUACAAAGAAUGACAAAUAUCCACAUGCAUAUAGUAAUGUAACAGUUACCAAAUAAUCGCUGGGGCAUCUUUUUCAGUAUUGACAAAGGGCUGCACAUCUGUUUACUUUAGAAAAAUAAUUUUUGUUUGGGGGUUUGUUUCAUUCUUUUUUCUUUUUUAGGGAUUCCUAUUCCAAUAUAGGAAGGCGCUGUUCUGACAGGUUAAAAAGUUCAAACUUGAAAGCUACCUUUAGUUUUGUAAUUGCUUUUUUUGACAUUUGUACACCAGAGGACUUAGUUGGGGGUGGGCGGGGAGCUAGUGGAACCUCAUUCUCAGGAAAAGACUUGAAUUAUUGCUAAACCUGUUCCGUUUCAGUGUUGUGACGUUGGAACUCAAAGACAGUUUUGAACUACCUGUCUAAAAUAUAUAUACUUUUAUUAUGCAUUCUACAAAGGAGAACUUAAAAUUCUGUACACUUCUUCCAAUGAACUGCUUGACUUGGAGAAGUAGUACUUCACUACAGUCUGCUUGUGUUCUUUAUAUAGAAGAUGUACAGGAAAGAGAAGACCUUAAAUAAUUUAGAGAGCAGACCUUUUUUAAAAAAAUAUUAAAAGGCCUUAGGCAUCAAUGCAUCUGGGUUCCUUAACAUUUUCUGAGAAAUGCAGUCAGUAUUUACUGUAACUUAUGUUCUUAUAUUUAUGUAUAUUUGUUAAAACUGUAAAAAAAAACCCUCCUGUUUAAUAGGUAUGUGGUUCAGAUCUAUUCGUGGUUAGCAGAUUCCUACUGUUUGCAUGUAUAUGAACCAGGAUAUCUAAUUCAUCUUCUAUUUCAAGUGUAAACAUACUGUGUAUAUAUUAUAUAUAUUAAAAUAGGAGAUAGAAGGUCUAUGCAUUCUACCAGCUAGGCUUAUCCUCCAACUAUAAUGUCAUAGGAAAAAUAUAUUGCAUACCCAUGUAAGCAUAUAUCUAAGUUAAAACUAGCUGAUGUUGGGGGAGAACUGCUAGGACAUAAUUGGGUAGACAUAGGGGGAAAUCACAUGGAAGGGUUUUUAACUAAACUAUUCUUGCUAAAAGAGAAAUAUAAUUUAAUGAUACGCACCACCUACUGAUUCUUGCACACCUAUCUAAACAGAAUAAUUUCUAAAAUGUGGCAACAGAGUGUCAUUUUAAAUUAUUGAAUGUAAUAUGAAUUUUGUCUAUAGUUCAGAAAACGAUGUCUGUGCAAUGUUGAAAGGUAGAAUGUGAAUAAUACAAUUAAAGAGACUUUUGGGAUUAAAAUUUUACUACAUACUAGGAGAGCUAAGGACAGAUUUUUUUCUUUUUAAGCUUGCAAAUUUUCUAAUGACAGUAUAUCUUCAUUUGCAAUCUUGUUUAAGAAAAUAAAAGCCUUUCACAAAGAAGUCCAGUGUUUAUCAGUGACAUUAUCAGAACAUACUGGUGCUUUCAUUAAGGGGGAGGGGUGUUGCAAAACAUCCUAAUUUCCAAGCCAGGUGUUCAAACUCUGACAGUCAUGGUGGCUACUGAAACCAUUUUUGGAUGACUGUUGGUGUCUUUUUUAAUUCUUUGGCUGUUUCAAGCCAAAUUCUGUUUAUUUAUAAUUUUCAUGGGCACCAUCCGUUGAGAAAUGUACAGUGUAUUGUGUGCUUACUUGUCCACAUUUGUGGAGCAUCGCUACACUAUUUUUUCAAAAGCUAUGCUGUAAGAUAUUGUCAUAGUGCUACUUACCUAGUACUGUGUAGUUUUUC